UGUUGGUUCACGAAGAUAAUGUCGUUCGUGUUGAAGGUUUAGGUAUGGUUGUGGACGUGCGUAUUGUCACGUGCUCAAUAUGCUUUGGCGCCAGUUGACUGUUGAGAUUUAACAACUCUUCAGGCUUUGAGUCUCUUAGUCUCUUCCUAAACUGAUUCUUCCCGUUCAUUGUCCUUGCCGACAUGGAUGGCCCUCCUCCACAAGAAGAGGACUUUUCUUCGAUUCCUGUUGCUGAACGACUGGCUCACAAAAAUUGGAAAGCCCGAGUCAGCGCCUACGAGACCCUUCUGAAGACAUUUCAAAAUACCGCAUCCGAUACCGAUCCCGCAUUCAAACCUUACACCAACAACCCCGAUUUGCUGAAGAGGAUAGCCACAGACUCCAACGCUGUCGCGCAGGAAAAGGCCAUCGAAUGUUUGGUGGCAUAUGUCAAAUUUGCAGGAGAAACUGCCGCAAAGACACGGGAAGUCGUGUUGCCUGCACUAGUCGAUAAGUGUUACGGAUCGUCGAGAGCAGGGACCAAGGCAAAUGCUUUGGAGUUGACGCUUCAAUACGUGGAAAUAGAAAACAGUGGAACUGGUGUUGUGAGCGAUAUUCUCCCCGGGUUGAGUGCGAAGCAGCCUAAGACUAUUGCUGGAUGUAUAGUAGCCCUGAAGGAAAUAAUCAGAUUAUUUGGUAUCCAAACCACACCUCCCCCUCCUUUGCUCAAAGCAUUACCAAAAAUCUUUGCCCAUAGUGACAAAACUGUGCGCGCUGAAGGCACUCUCCUCACUCACGCCUUGUACCAAUACAUCGGUCCUGCAAUAGAGACAUGGCUCGCAGACCUGAAGCCGGUGCAAGUGAAGGAACUGAAGGAAGCAUUCGAGAAUAUGGAGAAGGAAGGGAAAGGCAAAGGAACAUUGAAACCUGAGCGGUUGACGAGAGCACAAGCACGUGAAGCGGAAGCCACGGCUGAGAAUGACGGUGAUGGAGAUAAUGAACAGACACUAGAUGGUGCAGGCGAUGAUGUAGAUGCCAACUUCGAUCCUCGUGCCUUCGCAGAACCGGAGGACAUUGUUUCUAAACUCCCCGCUUCGCUUUCCACCGCGCUAACAUCUUCCAAAUGGAAGGAAAGGAAGGAAGUUCUUGACGAACUUCAGGCUGUUCUAAACGCAACUCCCCGCAUCAAAGAUGCACCUGCGCUGGGGGAUUUAGCUAAAUCAUUAGCAGCCAGAGUCCAAGCCGAUGCUAACAUCAACUGUGUUAUGACGGCUGCUGCGUGCUUGGAGGCUCUGGCGAAGGGUAUGUCGGCCUCAUUCUCUCGAUUCCGAGAGACUGUUGUACCUCCAAUGCUUGAGCGGUUGAAAGAACGGAAGGCUACGGUGACGGAUGCUAUCGGAACCGCGUUGGACGCCGUGUUUUUGACUACUACUCUCUCCGACAUCAUACCUGACCUCGGUCCCGCGCUUGGGCACAAGAAUCCACAGGUGAAAGAAGGCACUUUGAAAUUUCUUCGCCGUUGUCUCGCCAUCUCCAGAACACCCAUCCAACCUCCUCAAGUCAAACCACUCGCCGAAACUUUGGCCUCUAUACUGGAAGAUAGUUUCGAGGGCUGCCGGAAUGAAGCCGCGAACUGCUUGGGAACUUUGAUGAAAAUGGUGGGAGAGAGAUCGUUGAACGCAGUCAUUGAUUCUUUGGCCGAUGUUAGAAAGGCCAAAAUCAAGGAAGCAUUUGAAAAGGCUACUGUCAAAUGCAAAGUUGGCGGUGCUGCUCCGCCUACGAUGAAGCCUGCUGCUCCUCUCGCAAAAAAGGCUCCUCCAAAGAUUGCUCCGCCAAUGAAAGAAGAACUUUUAAUAGAUGAUGUCGAACCGCCAAAGAAAGUUGCCAAACCUCCUGCAAGAUUAAUGACUCAGAAAGCGAAACCCAGUGUUCCCUCCGGAACUUCGUCUGUCCCCCCCUCUGCUCCUCCACCCAAGAAACCACCGCCAGCUACCGGUGCCAAGCCUGCAAAAUCUACAGCGCCAGCAGCUCCUGGUGCUUUGGAUACUUUCAAAUACAAACACACACCGGAGGACGCCGAGACUUUGGCUGCCGACUUAAUUACUGCAUCUAUCUUAACCGACUUGGGAGAUGCAAACUGGAAAACACGAUUAGCUGCUCUUGAUGAAAUGAGCGCUUGGUUAGAUGGUGUAAUCGUAAACGUUGAUUCAGAAGUGAUGAUUCGUCUUUUAGCGAAGAAGGGAUGGGCGGAAAAGAACUUCCAGGUUUCAGCGAAAAUAUACGGUAUCUGCUCUAUGUUAGCAGAACACUCUACAACCUUUGGUAGAUCGUGUGUCGCCAUUUGUGUGCCGCAUAUGGUCGAAAAAUUAGGAGAUAUGAAGUUGAAGAAACCUGCUGGUGACGCACUGCUUUUAUUUAGCGAGAAGACUUCCCUGCAGUUCGUUCUCAAUCAAGCUUAUGAGCCUCUGUCUAAGCAGAAAGCACCGAAAGUCCUCGCAGACGCUAUUGCCUGGAUCAACUCUGCCCUAACCGAUUUCGGGAUUGUUGGUUUGUCACUUCGCAGUCUCAUCGAUUUCUUGAAAACUGCGCUUCAAAACUCUAACGCUACUGUUCGCACAAGCGCAACGAAAACUUUAGUAACCAUGAAGCUUUUUGCAGGUUCCGGCAUCAAGGACCUGCUCGAGGACUUGAAUCCCCAGUUACUGAAUACUAUCAGUUCGGAGUUCGAUAAAGUCGAAGGCAUUGCACCCUCAGAACCCACACGACUAUCAGCAGAUGUAGCAGCCGCACCUACGGCCACUUCGCAAUCUGGUGGAACUGGUAGCGACGCGUUAGACGAGCUUUUCCCCCGUGUUGAAAUCGAUGCGCUGCUGAAAGGCACAACUAUUUUGGCGGAUGCUAAAAACGAAGCUUGGAAGACAAAGAAAGAAGCGUUAGAAACUUUGCAAGGCAUUCUGGAUCAGGGCAGUAAUAAGCGCUUAAAACCAAACAUGGGUGAAAUUGCUCAAGUGCUCAAAGCAAGAGUAGUCGAUACCAAUAAAUCUGUACAAUUACUCGCAUUGGAUAUUGUUGCUCGAAUUGCGACUGGGAUGGGGAAACCGUUCGAGAAACAGAACCGUUUCUUCGUUAUUCCUAUAGCAACAGUUCUGGCAGAUCAGAAGGCUCCAAUUCGUUCCGCUGCUCUCACAACUUUGACUUGCAUAGCCAAUGCAUGCGAAACACUGGACUCUCUGGUACCAGGUAUUGCUUCCGGGCUUGAAACCGCCAAUCCUCUGCAAAAAGCAACUUUGCUGCAUUGGAUCUCCGAUUGGUUCAAAGAACACGAACCCACUCCUGGUCUGGAUCUUAGCGGCUGGGCUGCUCCUAUUGUGUCUUCCCUCGAUGAUCGCAAUGGAGACGUACGUAAAGGGGCACAGGCAUUGCUUCCUGUGCUGAUUACAUGUGCUGGUUUCGAUUAUGUGUUGCAACAAACCAAUUCUCUAAAGCCAGCAUCAAGAACAUCUGCAGCUCCACUAAUCCAGGCUGCACGUCCCCUCGCCCCCGUAGAGCCUCCUGCCGCUCCAGCCAGUAAAGGCAAAGCUUCUGCGCCUCCGUUCCAGUCACAGGCUUCCUCCCCUCGAUCCGAAUCACCUGCGAUAACUGAGAACCCCCCAUCCAAAUCGGUCAAAUUGACUGGGGUACGCCGAAAACUUCCUUUGGGUAGCACACGUCGACCGGAAUCGAGGUCGGAAACUCCCGUCGAAGCUACUGCUUCCAAGUUAGCCAAACCUCCCGCUGGACUCAAGCGACCAGGUCCCCUGGCGUCGUCCGCCGUCAAAGGUGCACCUAUAGCGGCGUCACCAGCGUCGCCAUCACUUUCUCUUCCAUUCUUCAGCUCAAAUGUCGAAGCAAGGAAAAGUCGCUGCAAUCGGGAUCCUGGUAGAUGGAUCAAUGAAAGUGGCACAACAAGAAAGGACCUCGCCGAUUUGUUAUGCAGUCAAAUGGAAGGGCAUGCUUCAAAGGAGGUCAUUUCUCGCCUGUUUAGCCACGAUCAUAAUGCCAUAAACGACCACAUUGCAGGAAUUAAUAUGCUCUGCGAUAUGUAUAACUUGGCGCAAGGUGCAGAUGAAACAGUGGAAGCAGUUUGCCUCGCCAAUUUCGAUCUCCCUCUGAAGUAUGCCUCCAUCAAGGCCCACGAACCUCAACCGAGCUUGAUAUCCAAGUGCUUGGAGCUAGUCGAAACCGUAUUGGCCUUUCUCCGCAACAUUAAUUAUCAGUUAACUGAUAAUGAAGCAUUGUGCUUCAUACCGACUAUCAUUUUCAAGCUCGGGGAUGCUCGCGAACAAGUUCGUGUGCGCGUGCAGAACAUGAUACAGUCGUUACCAAAAGUAUAUGCCUAUAGCCAUGUCUUUCAAUUGCUACUAGAACACGGAUUGAAGUCGAAGGUAGCAAAAACUCGCCAAGGAACUCUCGAUGAGCUAGCUACGUUGCUCAAGAAGUCCGGAAUCAGUGCUUGCGACCCAUCUAAAGCAUUCCCAUUGAUUUCAUCUAUGAUAUCAGACAAAGAUUCAUCGGUCCGUAAAUCCGCUUUGACUGUUUUGAGCGAAGGCUACACUAUCAUAGGUGAAAAGGUGUGGACUUACGUCGGUCAUCUCCCUCCCAAGGACAAAACACAAUUGGAAGAACGUCUACGUCGAGUUGCUGGUCCAAGCUCUCACGAUAAGCCUCACACUCUGGUCGCUCCGCAGAUUGGUCGUAUCGCAGGUAGUGGUCUACCCCGUCCUAGUUCUCCUGCGUUCUCAAGCAGAGUUGGAAACAUACCACGCCCAGCAAGCCCCGCAGUUGGAGCCUCCAGAUUAGCUCGACCUCCUUCGCCAGCACAUACGCGCUCAACGUCACCUACGCAAUCUAAUCGAGUACCUUCCCCAUCGUUCAGUAUGAAAGGUCCGACAACAUCUCAUCUCCCUGGUCCCUCUCAAUCAUCUACGCCACUGUCUCCUACGAUCGCCAAUCGAAAGCCUACAUUACCAUCGCGCCUCGGCCGGCCCAAGUCGCACUUUUCUCACCCUUCCGACUCCCAUUUGACUUUGACAAAUGAAAAACCCCUCCUCGACAAAAAUAUUAACGGUGGGGACGAGGAUCCAGACGACCUACAACCAGCUGGAUCUGAUGACAUCACCCUCACAAUAUCAAGUAUCUUGAGUAGCGAUCCUUCGCGGUCGGUCGACGCGCUAAAAAAAAUCCAGAAAAUACUUAGUGUGGGACCCGAAGGAUGCAACAGCUCACCACUGUACAGGGAUCUUGCAGAGCAUACUGAAGGUCUAAUUGAGACAAUAACGCUCCAGAUGGCCCACAUUUUCGAGCGUCCUGAAGACAUCGCAUCAGAAGAAAAUUUUAGGCUCGCCAAACACCUCAUCCAAACGCUCAAUAACUUCUGCGACCAUCCGCUACUAGCAGAAUCAUUGACCAUUGAUAUUCUGACGUCUCUUCUAGAGGAACUGACGUUGAGGUUGUUAGAAACAGAUGACAGUAGUGUGAAACAAGUCAAGGAUUUAUCGCGCUUUAUCAACAUGAUAAUUCUUCGUUUGUUUGCCACCGGCCGCAGAAUGUCUGUUUUCCGGGCUUUGUUUGCGCUCUUGCUUCAAAUUGUGAAGCCCUUUCCAAGCAACCGCACCACAACAGAUUCACAAGAGGCCAAAGUCGCUGAACUAGUACUGAAGUGUGUCUGGAAGCUGGCACGUAGUAUUCCACAGGAUCUGAAUGAGCGCAAACUUGAUCCAGUCGAGCUAUUUCCGGCUAUUGAGCACUUCCUUCAAUCCGUCCCUCCUAACGAAUGGCGAGCUAGAGCAACGAACAAAGUACCAUGCGGAGACAUGCCAUUGCGAACUAUCAAAGUGAUUAUACAACAUGUAGUUGCACAUUAUGGGGACGAUGUCUACGACCUACUAUCCGCCUCCUUUGAUGAUCCCUCUGCGACAAUCGUGUAUCCAUACGUUUAUCGUAUUUUAAAUUCAAGCAGUGCACAUGCUACCUCCGAACCUCCGCAGAAUGGGCAUGACGAUCUCGACCGGCGUUCGCGUCCAGUGUCAACAACAUCCAGUCGUCCUAUAUCUCCUCAAACAGCAUCUUCUGCUACCUCCGGUGGACUCCGACAAUCUCCUGGUCGUCGUGAUAGUCCCUUACCGGCAAGUGGGAAUGGCUAUGCUCCCGUUGAAGAACCUGAUCCUGAUGCCCAAUUGCUUGUCAUCAUCGGCCAUAUAUCGAGCGAGACCACUGGUGCACUGCACAAAGAAGGUAUCACCGAACUUCAUCACUUUUUGAAGGCAUAUCCACACAAGCGUCCUCGAGUAGAGAAAAUGCUGGAAUCAACUGGAGCUGCAUUUAGAAAGUACAUCAACCGUGCACUAGCAAGUCGUGCAGCGGAAGAUCAGGAAAGAGGCGUUGCAGUUGCGGAUACCUUGUCAAAGCUGGAAUCAAAUCAUCAAGAGCCUCCCUCUUCGCCCAUUCAUAGCGAUUCGGCUCCUCAGUCACCGCGUAGAGUCAGUGGGGGGGCGGCAGAGGAUAAAUUGUCUCGUUUGCACGAUAUUUUCCAAUACCGUUCUAGCACUGUGAGCAAUGGCUCCUCCCAGGGACCUGCCCCUACACGGACUUCGGCCGGCUAGUCUUCAUUCGUCGCUUUCUGAUAUCACAGUGUCUACCCAUUUUCUAUAGCUAAUUGUAGUUGACUAAAAAUCAAAAUUAAACCCUAACCAUGAGCUUCUACAUGAG